CUAUCCGGAAUUUAUAUGAUUGGUGAUUUGCGGACGGAGUCACCUUCCGUGUCUCCAAGACCACAAGCAUGAGCGCCGUCUCAUCUGUGCGUGACACCCUGCAAUUAGGUGACUACUCUGUGACACUCCAUUUGUGAUGUCAUCCAGCGACAUGUCCGCCUCCGAGCCGGUCCAGAUGGGCCGAAAACGUCCCGUGCCCGCGUGUCCGAAUCCGCUGUUCCUCAAGUGGCUCACUGAACUCCGAGACGAGGCCAAAGAAAAAGGCCUGAAGAUCCAGUACGUUUAUCAGAAGGCCAUCAAUUCUCUGAAUAAAUAUCCUCUUCCACUUCGGGAUGCCAGAGAGGCCAAGAUCCUGCAGAACUUUGGAGACGGCAUAUGCAAGAUCCUGGACUCAAAGCUGCAACAACACUACAGAGAGUGCGGCGAGGACAUCGCCCUCAGCAAAGAAGCGUCGUCGCCUGCUGUCCCCUCCGACGACAAAAGUCCACGUGCCAGCAGGAAGGACCAGAAACUAGAAAGAGCGGUGACCAAGAGAAAGAAAAGGGAGUACAUGCCUCAAAAAGGAUCCGGCGGCUACGCCGUGCUGCUCGCACUUUACCGACACUCGCAGACGGCGGGCAGUAAAGGUUUCAUGUUCAAGAUGGAGCUGCAGGCCCAAGCGCAACAUCUUUGCCACAAAUCCUUCACGGUGCCCGAGCUCGGGAGCAAGUAUGCGGCCUGGUCGGCGGUCGCCACCCUGGUCAAGAGGAACCUGCUGAUGAAGACGCACAAUCCUGCGCGUUACUCUCUGACGGAGGAAGGCGUGUCUUUGGCGCAGCGUCUGCAUUCAGCUGCCUGUGAUUCCAAACCGCCUCUGGAGGACAAGGACGAUGACAAAGAGGAAGAGGAAGGUUGUCCUGUGACCGUGGACCUCACUGUGAGUGAGGAAGAGGAGGAGGAUGGCGAAGGCAGAUUAGCACCGAGCUGCGAGGCAGCAAGCGGCGGACGACUCCUGGCAGGGACCUUCGAUAUCGUCCUGUGCGUUGACGUCAGCGAGACGACCGGCGGCAGCAGCCACCAGUGCAAACAGGAGCUGGUCACGGAGCUGCGCAGGCAGCGCAUCGACUUUGACGUCAGGAAACUCCACGUGGGCGACUUCCUGUGGGUGGCCCGGGAGAAAGUCACGCCCGCGUCAGGUCACUCGCGAACCGGCGCAGAGAGGGAGCUGGUCCUCGAUUACAUCAUCGAAAGGAAGCGGAUUGACGACCUGUGCGGUAGCAUCAUCGACGGACGCUUCAGGGAGCAGAAGUUUCGCAUGAAGAGGUGCGGCCUGCGCAAGCCCAUCUACCUGGUGGAGGGAUUCGGGAAGGCGGCGUCCCACCUGAGCCUCCCCGAAAUGACGCUGCAGCAGGCCGUCGUCAACGAGCACGGCGCGUUUAGACGUGUGACCUGGAAUCCUCAGAAACGCACGCUGGUGUGCCACUCGCGUGAGCUGAACGGUGACUCGGACCGCCGCGACGACGGCGCCCCCUUCUCCUCCUCCUUGUUGUCUUUCGCCGAGUUUAAUGACGGCGCCAUCAAGAACAAGAGUCAGACGGUGCGUGAAGUCUUUGCUCGACAGUUGAUGCAAGUGAGCGGCCUGUCCGCAGACAAAGCGGCGGCCAUCCUGGAGAGAUACAACACACCACACAGUCUCCUGGCGGCGUACGACGAGUGCGCAAGUGAAGCGGGCAAGGAGAAGCUGCUGUCCACCAUUCGAUGCGGGAGGCUCAACAGGAAUCUGGGUCCCGCUUUGAGCCGAACUCUCUACCAGCUAUACUGCACCAAAGGAGCGCUGUCCUAAAUCGUCUUGGAUUUCAAUGAAGGAUUCUUGCUGCUACCAUUUUUAUUCAGUGCUGAUACGGGAUGGAGUCAAACCAAUUGGAGCUUUGCAUCCCAACCGUUGGUCGGAGUUGCUCAGAUGAAAGUCACCUGGAAAACAACAUAACCCUUCAUGUGAAGAAGGGCCAAAUUGAUCGGAAAUAUGCGAUACGUUGAUGUGUUUAUCUACAGAAGAAAAGA